GGCCCCCAGUUUUAUUUUCUCCUCUGCGCUGGCGGUGCUGCGAAAACCCACACUUUUUUUUCCCGCGCUUCGCUUUUUCUUCCUUUCCUCUUUCUUUCCCCCCCAUCCCCUCCCCCUCUCCGCCCACGAGAGCAUCAACGGCAACGCCUGCGUCCUUCGCACGACAAGUUUCCCUCUUUGCCUUGAGUUGUUUUGUCCGAUAAUCCUGCGACUUCUUCUUUUCAAGCGAUUAACUGGAAUUGUACCUCUUGCAUUGACACGCAAAAGUCUCUUCCUCGCUCCCCGCCCUUUUCGUUUUUUGACUACGCCCGCUCCCCAAAGGAAGUUUGACUAUUUCCUUCCGAUACACGGCUUCGAAAAAAGACCAAAAUACAAGCAAACAUUCAAGGUUGAUCGACCGAACUCCGUUUCUCACGAAUCGAUAUCGAGCGGCCUAAUACAACACGAUUGUUGCGUUGUCCAGACAAGCGUCGAAAACAGCCUCAAUCACACAAGAAGAACCUCCUCCCACGGACAAGAAACCACACAAACCAGCUGUACACCGAGAUACUGUGCCUUUGACUAGCCAUGGUGUCUCCUCUACAGUUCGCGUACCGCACGCAAAAGACCAUUGGCGUCUUUGAUGCUGCGCCGGUUUACACCGCUCUCCCUGGGUUCGUUAAGCCUGAGGGAAACCUCCGUUGCUGCGCGUACUCGCCCUGCGGCCGCUUCUUCGGCUGGUCUACUCCUGAGGCCGUCACCGUCGUUGAUGCCUCCGUAGGCACGCCCGUCCUCGUCCUCCCCAUCCUCAACGUUUAUGAGCUCGGCUUCUCGCCCCAAGGUACUUUUGUCAUUACCUGGGAGAGGCCCGCUAAGGACGAGAACGGUGAUGCCACCAAGAACCUCAAGGUCUGGCGCACCAUUGAGGAUGUUGCCGCCGCCGAGAAGCAGCCCAUUGGCCGCUUUGUUCAGAAGCAGCAGGGUGGCUGGAAUCUGCAGUACACUGCCGAUGAAAGGUACUGCGCCCGCCUCGUCACCAACGAGGUCCAGUUCCAUGAGAGCCACGAUCUCGUGACUGUUUGGAACAAGCUUCGCGUCGAGGGUGCUGCCAACUACUCUCUUGCCCCCGGAACCAAGAACCAUGCCGUGGCUGUCUUUGUGCCUGAGCGCAAGGGCCAACCUGCCUCCGUCCGAGUCUACAACAUCCCCCAGUUCACCGCCCCCAUCUCACAAAAGACAUUCUUCAAGGGCGACAAGGUCCAGAUGAAGUGGAACGCUCGCGGCUCCAGCUUGCUCGUCCUGGCGCAAACUGAUGUUGACCGUUCGGGCAAGAGUUACUAUGGUGAAACCACACUCUACCUGUUGAGCACCAACGGCGCCUUUGACGCCCGUGUCACCCUUGAUAAGGAAGGCCCCAUUCAUGACGUCUCGUGGUCUCCCAACUCCCGCGAGUUUGGCGUUGUCUACGGUUACAUGCCUGCCAAGGCUACCAUCUUCAACGACCGUGCCAUGCCUACUCACUCCUUCGCCCUCGCUCCCCGCAACACAAUCAACUUCUCCCCCACUGGCCGAUUCGUCUACGUGGCUGGCUUUGGAAACUUGGCUGGUCAGGUCGAUAUCUAUGACCUCGAGAAGGACUACCGCAAGGUGUGCACCAUCGAGAGUGGCAACCCCAGUGUCUGUGAAUGGAGUCCCGACAGCAGAUACCUGAUGACGGCCACAACGUCUCCUCGUCUCCGUGUUGACAACGGUGUUAAGCUGUGGCACGUCGGCGGUGGUCUCAUGUACAAUGAGGACAUGGUUGAGUUGUACCACGUCACUUGGAGACCUCAAGCUCCUGAAGCUUGUGCUCCUGGAGACCCCCUCACCACCGUCCCUCCUCCUCACGCCUCUGCCGCCACUUACCUCGGUACCGUCAAGACACCCAGCAAGCCUGCUGGUGCUUACCGUCCUCCUGGUGCUCGUGGCCUUGCCACGCCCCUGCACUUUAAGCGUGAGGAUGAAGGCGGUGCCGCGCACACCGUCAGCAACGGCACUCAGAACGUUGCUCCCAACGGCUUCGGUGCCCGCCCUCGUCGUGGUGUCCCUGGCGCCGAGUUCACGGAGCCCGCCCCUGCCGUCCGAACUGUCCCUGGCGCUGAGCCCAUUGAGGAUGGUGCUGCCAAGAAGAACAAGAAGAAGCGCAGCAAGAAGACUAACCAGGGUGACAAGGCCGAUGCUGACCCCAACGGCGGUGCCAGUCUUGCUCCCCCCAACGCCAAUGGCGACGGCCGUAGCCCCGAACGCCGCGGCGGCGCUGCUGGAGGCAACGGUGCUAACGGCCGCGAUUUCCGUAGCCGUUCCCGCAACAAUGGCGACGGUCGCAGCCGCAGCAACACCCAGCAGGGUGGACGCCAGGGAGGGGCCUCGCCCGCCCCUGGUGCUGCUCAGCAAGCUGCUGGUGGUGCCGCCGCCGCUGCUGCCGACGCCAACCCCCAAGCCAAGAAGAUCCGCAGUCUUCAGAAGAAGGUGCGCGCCAUUGAAGAUCUGGAAAUGCGUCAUGCCGGUGGUGAGAAGCUGGAGGACACGCAGCUUAAGAAGAUCCAGACCAAGUCGGCUGUGCUUAAGGAGCUUCAGGGUCUUGGCGCGGAAGCAUAAAGUCGAACAAUCACCUGAAUGCAGGACUGUAUUUGGAUACUUGCAUCACCUUUGAACUUUUGUUUCUCUUCUAUAUUUUUUGUUAUGACUGCGCGGGAAUUGCAUGGAAGAUGGGAAAACAUAGAUUUUACAUCAUACGGGACAAACGACGAGUUUUGAGUUUUUUUAAAAAAGGAAGAAUUGCUCUCCAUUCUCAGAAACGACAAUGGACAAUUCUUAGAAACACCAAUCUUAACCCAUCAACAUAUAAUAUAACUUUUUUCCACC